UGGGCUGAUGGACCAUCGUAUCUCUACUUCUUCCACAAUCUCACGGAGUCACGGUUGCCAACAAUAACUGCUCAUCCUGCAGCUACUUCUAUAGCCAUCUCAUAGACGCCCGGCCGCCCGCCAUGGCCAAGAAGAAGCUCCUCCUCGCCCACAAGCUCGCCUCCGCCAUGCUCUCCCUCCUCCUCCACCCCCGCCGCCCGGCCACUACCGCCGUCUCCAAGCCCUCGACAUCGCCACCGCCAACAGACCCAUUUCCCCCGCCGGUGGUGCACCACGGCGCCCUCCCGCCGGCGUCCACGCAAGCAACCACCCUCGUCGUCGACGUCGACGCCGCGCUGCUGCGCACCAGCGCCGCCGCCAGCGAACUGUUCCCGUACUUCAUGCUCGUGGCCCUCGAGGCCGGCGGCUACCUGCGCGGGCUGCUUCUCCUCCUCCUCUACCCGCUCAUCCUCUGCCUGAGCCGCGGCGCCGCCGUGCGGGCCAUGGCGGCGGCGGCCUUCUGCGGCCUCCGCGCGGGGCGGUUCCGCGCCGGACGCGCCGUGCUGCCCAAGUGGCUCAUGGACGACCUCGCCGCGGAGGCCUUCGACGCCGUGCGCGCCGCCGCCGCCGCCGGGAAGGGGAACGGGAGGCCGGCUGUGGUGGGCGUGACGGCGAUGCCCAGGGUCAUGGUGGACGGGUUCCUGAGAGAGUAUUUAGGGGUGGAGCACGUUGUCGCGCCGGAGAUGAAGGUGAAGUGGGGGUUCUACACCGGGCUUAUGGAGGACGCCGACGGCCAGGCGCUGAUGGCGUUGGCAGCGGCCGUUGUGGGGUUUGCUGGGUCGACGGAGUUCCUCGACCAUCCUGUCGCACGUUCCUGCAAGGAGAUCUUCGUGGCGAGCUCCGACGAGAAGCGGCGGUGGCGCCCUCUGGCACGGGACAAGUACCCGAAGCCGGUGGUGUUCCACGACGGCCGCCUGGCGUUCCGCCCCACCGCCGCCGACACGCUGGCCAUGUUCCUGUGGCUUCCCCUGGGCGCCUUCCUCGGCGCCGCCCGCCUCGCCGUGGCCCUCGCCGUCCCCUACAAAUACUCCACGCCCAUCCUCGCCGCCACCGGCAUGUCGUGGCGGCUCAAGGGCGGGCGGCCGGCGCUCCCUUCCGGCGGCCGCGGGCAGCUCUUCGCCUGCAACCACCGCACCCUCAUCGACCCCGUCUACGUCUCCGUCGCGCUCGACCGCCAGGUCCGCGCCGUCUCCUACAGCCUCAGCCGCCUCUCGGAGCUCAUCUCCCCGAUCGGCCGGACCGUGCGGCUCACCCGCGACCGCCGCAGCGACGGCGCGGUGAUGGCGCGGCUUCUCGCCGGCGGCGACCUCGUCGUCGUCUGCCCCGAGGGGACGACCUGCCGGGAGCCCUACCUCCUCCGGUUCAGCCCGCUGUUCACCGAGCUCAGCGACGACGUCGUCCCCGUCGGCGUCGCCGUCGAGACCUCCAUGUUCUACGCCACCACCGCCGGCGGGCUCAAGUGCUUCGACCCGCUCUACUACAUGGCGAAUCCGAGGAUGUGCUACACCGUGCAGUUCCUGGAGAAGGUGGACACGUCGCCGGCGAGGACCGGCGCCGCGCCCAGCACCGACGUGGCCAACCUCGUGCAGAGGAGGAUGGGGGACGCGCUCGGGUACGGGUGCACCAUGCUCACCAGGAAGGACAAGUACCUCAUGCUCGCCGGCAACGACGGCGUCGUCAGGUCAACCGACGACAAGUCCGCCGCCGGAGCACCGGCGCCGGCCGGGAAGAAGAAGGGGGACAAGAGUACGGAAAAGAGCAACUAAAAGUCAUCAAUGUACCUUAUUCUUGGUUAGCUUUUUUUUUUAAAGAAAAAAGCAACCAAGUAAUUAAGGGGGAAAAUGAGAUAAAUACUUCUUGACUUUUGGUGGUUUUAGACUUGGAAGUUGUUUAAUCUGCUCAUUUCUGCUCUUUAUUUCAUUUGUACUUAUUUGUUAAUUAUUAGGUUUAUUCUUAGGAAUUUAUUUUUGAUUUUAUUUAUUAUAUAUGUACUUGUAAAGAAAAGGAAACUACAAGGCUGUAUCAUCAAGCAAUGCAAUGUGCUUGUACUUUGUACUGUAGAACAGCAAUGCAGCAAUGUAAAUUAAGAUAGUACAGUAGUGAUUUGUACCACUCUUAUGGAAAACAGACGUGCAGUGUUAGCAUCUUCUUGCCCCCUAGCGAGUGCCAACCACUAAAAACAGGA